CUUUUACCAUGGCUGGAAUAUGGGUUUCAUCAAUAGCACCAAUGCAAUCCUAAAAUAAAGCCAAUAUUCAAUAAGAGAUUUUGAAUAUUUUUUUAGGAAAAUAUUUUCUCGUGGAUUGUGGAUUUGCUAAUCGACGCCAAUUUUUAGCUCCACUACGAGGUGUCCGAUAUCAUCUGAAAGAUUUUGGUGGUCAAGGUCGCCACCCCAGGAAUGCAAGUGAGUUGUUUAAUCUCCGCCAUGCAUCAUUGAGGAAUGUGAUUGAAAUGAUAUUUGGUAUCUUUAAAUCACGGUUCACAAUUUUCAAAAUCACACCUCCCUUCCCAUUUGAGACACAAGCGGAGUUAGUGUUAGCUUGUGCUGGACUACAUAACUUUCUUCGCAAAGAAUGUCGCUCCGAUGAAUUUCCCGUUGAACCAGAAGAUGAUCAGUCUUCAUCAUAUCUAGACAUGGAAGAUGAAAAUCUUGAACUACUUUCUCAAAGCCAACAACAACAAAGAGCGGAAGCUAAUGCUUGGAGAAUUAGCAUUGCUGAUGCUAUGUGGAAUGAUAGGCCGCGGAAUGAUGAUAUUAAUGGAAAUCAAGAGGAUAACAAUGAGGAUCAAGACAAUGACAAUGAGAAUAAUGAGGAACACAUAAAUGAUGAGAAUCAGGAGGUUUACGAUGAUAAUGAGGUUGGAAUGGAGGAGUAUGCAUCAUUCUAAUGUACUUCUAUAAUUGGCUUUGCAUUUUCUGUUUUGAUUUCUUUUGCACUUUCUAUGAAUAAUUCAUAUAAGAUAAUAUGGAGUUGGACAUUUCUUUUGAUUCAAUAAUAGUUCCUUAUGUCAUUGUAUUA